AUGGAUAGCCAGACAUCAUUAAAGAUUGCGGUUGCUACUGCAUCAAUUGCCAUCUCAACAUUGAUAGCAAAGAUAUUAUAUAAUAGAGCAAAGAGUAAUAGUACAUCAAGUACAUCAGAUAUACCUGAGAAGUAUCCAGACGAUUGGAAUGACUUGUUAAAGUGGUGUUAUCAAUCAGAUUAUGAUAGUAUAUUCAAAGUUAUAAGUGAGGAUGAUAAACAAACAAAGAAUGACAUUAACUUCUUGGAUGCCAACAAAUGGAAUGCUCUCCAUGUUGCCGUGUCAAGAGGAAGCCAUUCAAUAGUUGACCUAUUACUUCAGACACAGAUCGCUGUCAAUGCUCAGAAUGAUAAGGGAUAUACACCAUUACAUAUUGCCGCAUGUAAUGGAUUGUUGGCAAUUGUAAAGUCAUUGUUAGCUAAAGAGAACAUUGUGAUUGAUAUUGCUGAUAAUCAAUUGCAGACACCUUUGUAUAUGGCUGCAUCGAAUCAACAUAUUGAUAUUGUAGAGGAGUUGUUGAGACCUCUGGACACGCCAGAACAAAAGGAGUUGGUCAAUCGCUUCACAACACAGGGCUCCACGGCACUACACAUGGCUGCACUUCGAAAGAACAUCCAGUUGAUGCAACUGCUGAUUGAUCAUGGCGCCGACCUCGAUGCCAUCAAGAAGGAUGGCAGCACGCCACUGCACAUCGCCGCCGUCGUCGACUUUUACGAAGGCAUCGAGCUGUUACUCAAGAAUAACGCCGACCCACACAUCACCAAUCGCUUUGGCAACUCACCUUUACACGACGCGUGCAUCAAGUCCAACCUGUUUGCUGUGCGCAAACUGGUGCUAAUGUGCCCCGAGUUGGCCAAGCUUCCGGACAACGACAUGUCCACACCACUUCAUCUCUCGUGCAACUUGGUGGCUGGAACAAUGGAGAGCCAUCACGAUGUGAUAGAGACAUUGUUGGCCGCGGGUGCCAACAUCAAUGCCAAAGACACUGGAUCGGCCACGCCCCUACAUGUCCUGUGUUGCAACGGUAGCAAGGGAGUGCCUUUGAUCCAGUUCCUCCUGGACAAUGGCGCCGAUCCAACCUUGGAGAAUGCCAGUGGCUGGACACCCCUGCAUCAUUGUUACAAUCAAGACAAUACUGAGGCGAUUAGUAUCAUCAGAGAAUGGUGCCAAAAGAAGUGUCCACAAUUCCUCGACACGUUUGACGAGAAGAAACCAAGACAACAACGUGAGGAAGCCAAGGACGAGGUGACAGAGAGUGGCCAGGCACGUCUGGAGCGCGUUGCUCGCGAUAUAGCUGACGGCAAGAUCAAGAAUGUUGUAUUCUUGUGUGGCGCCGGUGUGAGUGUGAGCGCAGGCAUCCCCGCCUAUCGCACUGAGGACGGCAUCUACAAGCGAACCAAGCAGUUCCAGUUCACUUUGGACGCUGUGGUCAACACGCCCGAGACAUUCUACGAUGGUAUCAGGGAGUAUUUCUACCCUGUGAUUGCUGGUGACAUCAAGCCAACCCGCACCCAUGACUUCAUCUACUCGAUGCACGAGCGUGGACUGUUGCUGCGCGACUUCACACAGAACAUCGACCUGUUGGACGAGAUGGCUGGCAUCCCCGUCGACAAGAUUGUUCAUGCCCACGGUUCGUUGGCCAACUGGCUCUGCACGGGCUGUGCAAAGGAGGCCGAGGCCAGCGAUGUGUGGCGCGAGGUGGGCCGCAUGAGUCUGCCCUAUUGCAAGCACAGACCGUGCCGCGAGAUUCUUCGACCAGACGUUGUGUUCUUUGGUGAGGGUUUGCCAGCACGCUUCCAUCAACGUGCCAUCUCAGACCUUAGACAAUGCGACCUGUUGAUCGUGAUGGGCUCAUCGCUCACAGUGUACCCAUUCGCUGGUCCUUUGCAAUGA